GGUGGGCAGUGAAGCGAAGUGUGAUGUUAUAAAUAGGAAUAUUAUGAUGUUCUGAUGUGUCAGAAGUUAGACAUUCUUUUGAGGUUAAGGCAAACAUAUAUGUGUAACUUACACACUGAUAAAGGGUUUCUGGUAAUACUGGAAUUGUUGUAGCAGAUUAAAAAAUGGAGUCUUUUUUCGUGAUUUGGAUUCCUUGGAUCUUGCUGCCAUUGUUCCAUUUGAAAACAUCUUUCUUUCAUGCUGAAGUGUCUCGUGCAGCUUGUCCAGAUAAAGACGCUGGUCUGAAAAAAUGGUCCGAAGCUACAUCAUGGCCAAACGGGGUUCCCGUAGAAGGCGAUGACGUCAUCAUUAACUCUUUGAUAGCAUUGGAUGCAAGUCCCGGGAUCGAUCUCGGCAGCGUAACCAUAGUCACCGGAGGGCGACUGGUGUUUUUACCAAACAGUGACCUAACCCUUAGAACGAAAUACAUUGAGAUAAAAGGUGGACGGAUGGACAUCGGAUCUGCAGAUUGUCUUUACGAAGGAAAAGCUACAAUUCAACUACUAGGGUCCGUCAACGACACUUACUCUGUGCCCGGAUUCGGCCAGAAAUUCCUUGGCGUGAACAAGAACGGCACGCUUGAGGUUCACGGACAAAAAAAGCUUUCAUGGUCAAAGCUUACAAGUCCUGUCCAGAAAUUGACUGACGCUGCCUUCGCCUCCCACGAUGCGGUAACAAGAGAAGGAGACGUGAAAGGUUUCAUGGUGAAUUCCUACAACCCUCUGACCGGGAUGAGCGAUCGACCACGUGGAGAGUUUAUGAUCGGCAGGAGUCAUCAAAAAGCGAUUGAAAAGGAAACCGCCAACUUUACCAAAUAUGUUAAUGAUAUACCGAAUGGAAACGUAAUAAUGCUUGCGGUUCGAAAAUUCAUCGUUGACAGAGAAAAUGCUUUUGACAGAAGUCUGUUUUAUAAUGCUGUUGAGAUUUUGGGAUAUGGAAAGGUCACAAAUUCCAGCAAAAUCCGAGAUCUCGUCUUUUACGAUAGUUUCGCUAUGAUCGUGGUUAAAGGUGAUUACUCAAAGACCAUCGAAAGUUUCGAACCUUACAAGGUUGGCGGUAUUCAUCAGACAUCCUCAGCCACAAUGCUGUCUGACGACAAGGGUAUUAAGUUCUUCGUCGAGAGCUACACCAGAUCCCUGGGGUUCGGAGCAUCUACUGCGAUAUUUGAAGUGACGUAUACAGAUCAAUCCAUCCCUAUAAUCACCGUCUCUGAUAACGUCACUUCCUGGCAAGAAGGUGAUAAAGUUAUAAUCACAUCUACUGACUAUGACUGGGAGCAGGUUGAGGAGGGCACCGUUUUUCCGUGUAAAGAUUGUGCCUACAAUCAGGUCAGAGUCGACUUGUCACCAAGAUUCAACCACUACGGUGCAAUCACCAAUAACGUGGACAUGCGUGCAGAGGUGGGCUUGCUCAGUAGAAACAUCAUCUUUGAAGGAGACAUGGAGAACACCGACGAUGAGUUUGGCGGACAUAUAAAGGUUUUGAAAGGAUUUAAAAACUUCCACAUCGAAGGAGCAGAAAUUCGCCGUAUGGGACAAUCUAACAAGCUAGGUAGUUAUCCGGUUCAUUGGCAUAUGUGUGAAGGUGUGGACGACCAAGCCACAUACCCUGUACCUACGUAUGCACGUGAAAACGCCAUACAUAACUCCUAUGCAAGAUGUGUUACAGUCCAUGCAACGCAUGGAACGACGGUUGCUGACAACGUCUGCUACAGGAGCAUUGGUCAUGGAUAUUUCCUUGAAGAUGGCGGUGAAAAGGGAACAAUAUUUAGAGGCAAUCUCGGUGUUGGACAAACAAAGGGACAACUCAUUCCCACUGACGACCUCCCGACUACAUUUUGGAUAACCAACCCACUCACCACUUUGGAAAACAAUGUAGCGGCUGGUGGAGAUGGUUUCGGAAUCUGGUACAUUUUCCCGUUUGAGCCGCUCGGACCGUCUCGGGGAAAGGGUUACAUGGAACCGGAGGAGGCUAGCCACACCGCUAUUACCAAGUUCUACAACAACGUUGCACAUUCCAAUAAAUUUGUCGGACUCAAGCUGGACGACUCUAUGGAUGAGAACGGAACAAGGAUACUGAACAAUAAAUACGAACCAUGGAACGACCCACUCGACGAAACAUCUGGUAACAAAAAGGUCGACAUCGUCAAACUGACAGCAUACAAGAAUAGAUUUUACAACGUCAUGACGAGAGGGUUAAUCGAACUCACCCAAUCUUCGGUUGCUGACGCUGUAAAUGGAGUGCAGUUACUGAGAUGGCGUACUGGAGGACAGUUGAUAACCAACUCUGUUAUCAUUGGUGAUUCCGAUAAUUUAGGAAAUCCUGAUGAAGACGGGUCUAUUCGAUCUUUGCCAAUGCUAGCCGGUGGGCAAAGACCGAGAAAAGGACUCAUCUUUGGAAUCGGACCAAUGAUUGCAAGGAAUGUGUGGUUUGACGGAUUUGCAAACACAUCUGAUACUGAGGCAGGGGCCAUUUCGUUUCAGGAAAUCAACGGCAUGCUAAGUUCCCCUGGAAAUAUCCUAGAUAAUAUUGGAUUCGGCUUCGAUGAUUCGUCAGAGGGAAACAGAGUUCAUCAGGUCGAAAAUCCUGAAGAUUAUCGUGAUGGGAGUAAGAGUGACAGAUUUUUUGAUGCUUCUGGUUCCGUUACCUCAAUUCCUGGUGCCAGCGUUGUAAGAGAAAAUCCAUUUCAAAUGACAUCUAAUUGUACGAAAAGAAAGAACUGGGGAAUGGCUGUUUGUAAAGAACACUUUGCACAGGUAUUAGUAAGAGUCGACACAGGUGACACUGCAACAAUGAUGAGGACGGAUGACCUCCAAACAAACAGACAAACAUCUGAUAAUUUGGGACAGGCAGUGUUCAACGUUGUGACAGGUGGAACUUAUUCUUACCUUGUCAAGUUUGGCAAAAUCCUGCCAAAAGAUGCUUUCCAGAUACGUGGAAUGGGAAUGGCAGUGGAUCAAGAUGUCGUUCUUGGUGUCUGUGUACCAAAGGACCUGGUAUUUAAAGCCAUGGUGAGGAAGCCGGGCAGUGCGAGGAUGACAGAGGUGGACAGUGUUGAUCUUGUCAAUUCUGGUGACGGGUCUAAAUAUUACUUCGACCGGGAAGUCGGGGUACUGUUUGUAAAGUUGUCCUACGAUGGGGGCAAGUCAUUGACGACCGUUAUGGGCUUUGCGCGGCUAGAAACUAAGAAUCGUCAAGAAGUUGACUGUGAAUCAGCAUACACAACAAAAUAUGGUGCCACACAACAGGUUGCUCAGGGUUCACUGGAGUUACCGGCAGAAUUGGUUCAUUCGUCGCCUAGUCCUCCUCAGAACGCAGGAGCAGGCUCAACUCGACCCUGAUGAUGAAGGCGUCAAACAAGAAAUCCACUUUUUCUAUUUUUGUUUUGUUAUGCUUCCAUUUUAAUUUUAUAUGAAUCACUUUUGUAUCGAAGUUGUCAUUAACUCAAAAGACGAUUGAUACAUAAAGUGUUUAUCA